AUGACCGUUCUUAUAAACUCCAACACAAGAAUAAGUUGUACCGAGGUCAAUGCCAAUAACGGUUCCCAAUUUGGAACCUUCCUCUUUUGCCGCUGAAAAUGCAAAUAAACAGCCUGCGGAAAAAAUAACAGUUCAAUCGACUCUUCCAGUCUCGAGCUGCAUACAUUGACAGAAACAAUGCCAAAAGAGAGAGCAUCUCCUAUGUUUUGCUCCAUAG